AUGACGACGUUGCCAUUGACACUCAAGGUGGCCUUCGUACUUAUCCCGAUUGGUCUUAUUAUCUUCCUAAUUGGAUUCUGUUCUCCGUACUGGACGUAUAGAGAGAUUCACACGAAGCCGAGCGGCCGGAUUCGUACCUACAUGGACGGUUAUGUCAGUUAUGGCUUGUGGACUUUCUGCAGGGACACUGAGGAGUACUACGACCGGCAAACCAAGAGUGGUCUUGUGAAGAUCGAUGACUGCUGGAGUCUGGUCAACAACCCAGGUUUUUCAAACGCCGAGACGAGAGUGGCGCAGUUCUUUGAGACGGUGGGUCUUCUGCUUGUGCUUGCGUCCACAGUCCUCCUGGUGAUCUCCUUGUUCGUGGAUUCGUGCAAGGACAGAAGGAUUCUGCCCAUCCUGAGCGCCGUAUUCUGUCUGUCUGCAGCCGGAACCAUCCUUUUAGGCACAAUCAUCUUUGGAACCGCCGACCUGCACGAGCGUGACCUGGCCUGGGCGUUUGCUCUAGCUAUAGUUGGAGGCAUCAUCUUCGCCAUUGCAGGGGUUUUCAUCAUCGUUGGCGCCAUUCUCAAGAAAUAG